AUGGCCAGCUUCGGCACUUACGUAACGAACUUCGUCAAAACUGCCUUUUAUACUAUUCUUCCAAACAAAGUUGAUGAAUACUCCUAUGAACAUUAUAUUUCGGAAUACUUUACGCUUGAAAAGGUUCAAACCUUAUAUAGCUGCUUCUUUUUCUACAAAGUGGCCAACCACUAUGACAUGAUUUACGUGCCUCCUCCAGCUUCGCUUGAUACUCUUUCUAAGGAUAGGCGUGUUUACAGCCUUUUCCGUUUUCAGGGAGAUGUCAAGGUGGGGUUGGAAUUCUUCAAACAUUAUGCUGAUGUGAUUGCUAUUCUUGCUGACAUCAACUCCAAGCUAGACCGUGUUUGGCUAGAAAAAAUAACAGGUCUCUGUCGACGCUAUUCGGCCUGGACGGCAGCGCAUGUGGCAGCCUCCUUAAAUUUUUUACCGGCUUUUAAGGAUCAACGCAUCAUCAGCCUAAUAAACAAGGUCGAUCCAGAGACUGGAUGGACACCAAUUUUUGUUGCUGUCAAGGCAGGCAAUGUGGAAACAGUCAAAGCUAUUAUGGCGGUGAAGGACUUCCGUCUAGGCAUUGUUGACCGCGAAAAAAAUACUGUUUUGCAUCUGGCUUCGGCUUUGGCAUCCGUGGAAAUUUUAAAAGUAUGUAAAUCCUUCCUUAACCGCUUUAUUUAG